AGAUACUCUGUGAUUAUUUGCCAUCCACAAGGAAGCCAAAGAGGUCGUCCAUCUUAGUGCGUAGAGAAGAAUGCCUUCUAAACGCACCAGCUCGGGUGUGUCUUCGCCCACUGCCAAAUCGUCUAGCACCCGUAAAUCCAAAUCUACACCGAAGAAGACGUUGCCAAGGCCGAUUACAUCACCUCCUCCACCUCCUCAUCACCAUGUUCCGGCACCAGCACCUAUGCACUUACCAGUGCAUAAGGCCGGAAGACUGAGCUGGUCGUUACUUGGUUUUAUCUUAGUUGUCUUGCCGUUCUGGUUCUCCAGAUUACAUUAUGGAUUGCCUGAACCUCUUCCACCAUAUGAUGCAGAUGGACGUCCACAACCAUCUGAGGAGAUUGUACUUUCCCACGUUCAAGCUUUAGAAAAUAUCGGUUACAGAACCGUUGGUACCCACGAAGCUCUUGCUGGCGAACAAUACGUCCUCAACCAAGUGCUGGAGCUAGUGGAGAAGUGCAAUGCAGGCGGAAUAUUGAACUGCGAAUGGUGGCAUCAAAAGGGCUCGGGUUUCCAUGCGUUCGAAAUCAUCGAUCACGAAGUGUUGAAAGGCUAUGGGGGCAUUUCUAACAUCAUUCUUCGAAUUGCUGCUUUUCAUCCGCCUUCAUAUAAUAUUUCACAGCCGAAGGUAGAGAAGGACGCGAUAUUAUUAGGUUCCCAUAUCGACUCCACUAUGCCUUCUCCUGGCGCUUCAGAUGACGGUAUUGGAGUUGGAGUCAUGUUAGAUACAGCUCGAAUUCUGGUGGAAAGGAAUGAAGCCUUUGAUGGUGCCAUCAUCUUCAUGUGGAAUGGCGGAGAGGAGACCUUGCAGGACGGCUCUCAUCUUUAUUCGACUGAACACAGUACAGCACCUACAGUAAAAGCAAUGAUCAAUCUUGAAGCCGCCGGAUCUACUGGAGGCGCUCUUCUAUUCCAAGCCACUAGCAAAGAGAUGAUUGAGGCUUAUGUCCAUGCCCCUUUCCCCCGGGGAACGGUUAUCGCUGCUGAUGUCUUUGCCUCUGGUAUCCUUAUGUCAGACACCGACUUUGGGCAGUUUGAAAAGUACUUGGGUGUCUCUGGACUGGAUCUGACAACACCUAGGGAUACGAUCAAGCACCUCGAAAAAGGUACAGCCCAGCAUUUUACCUCCAAUAUUCAAGCCAUUGUCGACCAUCUUCUCUCCCCUUCAUCUCCCCUCCUCUCCCCUGCGCCAUUCUCACCUCCUCAUGUUGUCUACUUCUCCCUUUUCGACCGAGUCUUCUUCCAUUUCCCAAUGUCCAGAGCCGAUGGAUGGUACGUCAGCAUCGCUGCAGUGGCGACUGCUUUUGCUUUCAGGCAUUUGAGCAACAAGAAGGCAAAAGCAAUUGUUGUGGCUGCUGUCGGUACACCUCUAGGUAUUCUCGGUGGAUUGGUCGGAGCCAAUGCUUUUGCAGCCGUACUCUCUGCUACCGAUAACGGCCUACUCUGGUUCCCUCACGAACACCUCCCGCUUCUGCUUUACGUACCAGUCUCAUACAUCUCACUCUUCUCAAUUCAUCUGAUGCUUACCCACUUCCUUUCCCCUGUUGAGCGUACGCAACUCGAAGUGACACACUAUUACAUCCAACUCUUACUCUCCUCUUGGUACAUGUUGCUCUUGCAAAGCUUCAGAGUCAGGUCGGCGUAUCUCUAUGCGAUGAUCACCGCUUUGCUUUUGGUUGGUGCGGUAGGUAACGAGCUGGGUCGAAUGGGACGAAGGGGAUUGUGGGAGGGAAUGUCAUUCAAAAUGACCUAUUUAGUGCCUUCCGCAUGUCUCAUGGCGCUGGCCGUGGAAGCCGUUACUACUGCGUUGGACAUCUUCACGCCUCUUGCAGGUCGUAUGGGUAAAGAAGCCCCAGCCGAACACAUCGUGGCCUCUCUCUCUGUCAUUUGCGGCUUUGUCUUCUUCCCCACAGUUCUUCCCCUGUUCCACCGCGUAUCUCGCAUGACUCAGAGAAAAGUCGUCCUUGGCUUGGUUCUGAGUGUCCUUGGUACCGUUGUUGCGAUGGUGGGACCUUGGUACUUCCCUUACGACGAAAUGCAUCCGAAACGAGUUGGAGUUAUAUACAAUUACAAUCAUACAUCUGACAAGCAUGUUGCGCAUCUUGCGUUCAUGGACCGAGGGCCUGUGGCCGAUAUCGUACCCUCCCUCUACUCCCGCUAUGGGACACCCGACCUGCCUCUCGAACACACCUCUCUUACAGAUUACGAUUCUGAUUGGGAUGUGCUUUACCCUGUCUCUACCUUCUUAGAUACAUACAGAUUCGAUUUGCCCGUAAGCGAAGAGACUAAGAAAUUUACUUGGCCAGAGAUGAAAUGGGGAGUGAAGGAUACCAAAUGGGAAAAUGGGGUUAGAAAGAUGGUUCUGACAUUCAACUUUACUGGGCUUGUUUGGCCAACUUUGGCAUUUGAAGCAUCUGUAUUGGAUUGGUCAUUCCACUUUGACCCUCCUCCCAAGAAGAUGCAGCACCAUAUCAAGAUUGCAACUUCUGUUGAUGAACCAGUGGUGAAUUUGAGGCUCGAUAUUAGAGCAGAUGAAGGAGAGAGGUUGAGAAUUCAUUGGAGUGCUUUUGAUAUCAACCAGAUGGUCCCUGGCACAGCGGCACGAGAUGGCCCAGAUAUGCCCGCUUCGAAGAUGUUGCUCGAUCUCGCAAGCUGGUCAAGGGAGAAAUACAAUGACGAUCUGGACUUGGUCAUGAGCGGCGUCGUCUGCGGUGUCAUUGAGGUGUAACUUUGUGAUGUGCAAUGGUCUUCCUUUUCAUGGGGGUUAUGUCUGGAGGGGUGUAGCAUAUGUUAGUGGAGUAUACAAAGAAUAAUUGAUUAGGCUAAGAUGCUUUGUGAUCUUUAAAUACUUUUCUUUCCACCGGUGUGGUCGAUCUGGCAUAUUUUAGUGUGCCAAUACUGGUUCUGUACGGACUUCAUUUCUAGGUCUACGUAUGCGUGAACAAUACUAGCCGCGUU